AUGGCACCACCAACAUGGCUUCCUGCAACUUUCUCCCACCAUAACCACCCUCUAUAUGUCACCGCACAACAGUCUCAUAUGCUGCCUGACCACAAUCCAUCAUCAGCCCGGCAGUAUCAUAUGCUUCAUGACAAUCCCUCACCGCCAUUGCCCGAGUUCACGAUCAAACUCAACCUUUCUGUCGAUUUCUUAUCAGAAAAUAGAGCCGUAACGCGCAGCCUUCGAGGCCUUUCUAUGUCCAAAACAUUCCCCAUUGUAUGUGAUUUUCUGAUUUCCAAAGUCGGAGAACCCACACAAUGGUCAAGAGAAGUUAUAUUCAACAUGAUUUCCCAUGUGUCUAUCCCAUUCCCACCGGAAAAAAUCCACUGGGAAGGACAACAACUCCACCAGGUUAUGUCAAGGGCCAUGUUAAACGAUGAACAUGAUAUUGUGGAGUUUUUUCUACAAUUUCUAUGCUGCAUCAGGACUGAUCCAUAUAACAAAAAUCGCAAUGUAUUGCCUGUGAAUUUGAAUAUGGAGAAGCACAUAAUAGUGCCGGAGAGAGAAUUCGAGAGGUGUGUUUCUAAAUAUGAUGAGCAAAAAAGUUUGGAUGAUGUUUUUGAGAUGGAUUCUGGAUUGCUGGUUGAGGCAUUGGAGGAGGCAACUCUCAAUGAUAUGAUCAACGAAUUGUCUCCUUUUACUCUGGAAGGGAAUUCUGUUAAACUUUGGAAAUCUGUCAAGGCAAUGGAGACGCAGAUGGAACCAGCAGGGAUGCAUUUGGGCAGUCUUAAAGAUGAGUUUCAACGCUUUAGCCAUUAUGAAGUAGUCAUAGUUUGUAGAAUCGGCAAUCGGGUAGCAUUUAGUUUUGCAAAACAUGCAAGAUUUGUUUCGAGUUCAAUUUUAUGA